ACAGAUUUGAUUUCAUUUUUUUAAACAAAGUGAACAAAAAUUGAUGUUGUUUAUUUUUAAAAGUUAUAAAAACUAUUAAAAAUGGACACAAAAAAUCGUGUCCUAAUGGAAGCCUGCGUUGGCUAUUUUAACAGCAUGAAUCUAUGCUACAAACAAUAUGACUUGGAAAUGCGUUAUCUCCGCCGACGAUUUCUCAAUCGUUUGGACAGUAAAAUCGAAGCCAACAUUCGUGUCCAUCAAUUGAAUCUUAUGAAUACAAUUGAAAUGUUAUAUAUGAAUGAAUUCCCUAAAAAAAAGAAGGGUAGUAAAAAGGAAGUUCUAAGUGAAUUUAUUCAAUACAAUACCAUAACGGGUACAAGAACUCGCAAAAGGCGUUCGAUUUGGAUGAAAAAGCGAAAUGCCGAUUGGUGGGAUUCAAUGAGACAGAGUGUAAAUAAUACAUCUUGGAAUGAAAUGUUCUCUGUUAAUAGAGAAACUUAUUAUUACCUUUGUCAGGUUCUUUAUAAUGAAUUGAAACCAAAACCAAAUGCGGUACGUUCUUCGGUACCAAUUGAGACUAAAAUUGCCGCCGCUUUGUACAAACUUGCCACAAAUGAACCUUAUUUGAAUAUUGGCAAUAAGUUUGGCAUACAUGCUCUGAGUGUACAGAAAUCAAUGUUCCAAUUUUGUGAUGCUGUGACUAAAGUAUUACAAAAUGAAUACAUUAGUAUGCCAGAGGGGGAUGAGAUUACUGAUGUUAUGCAAGAGUUUGAGGAUAAGAUUGGUCUGCCUCAAGUCCUUGGGGUUAUCGAGGGAACACAAAUAUCAAUUUCAAAUCAUGCUGUGGGAUUCUCGAAGCAUGUGGCAAGGUAUAAUACAACGGAUAUGAUUUUGCAGGGUGUUAUUGAUCCAAAUUGCUUGUUUCGAGAUGUUGACAUACUAACAAAGCCAAAACACUUUACAAAAUAUUAUUCCAAAAUCAAAGAAUUAAUGUCUGAAAUGCCAACAAGAGAAGUCGAUGGAAUACCUGUACCAGCCUAUUUAAUUAGUCGUCGAGAAGAUGCUGUUCAUUCGUGCCUUAUGAAACCAUAUGCUAAAGUAAAUACCCCUGAACAGGAAAUGUUUAAUGAUUACCUGAGCAAAUCUACCUCGGUUUCUGAACAAACAUUUAAGAAACUCAAAGGUCGUUGGAAGAUCUUACAAGAACCUUUAAAAGUGACUGUGAAACUUAUUCCUAAGGUCAUAAAAACUUGUUGCAUAUUGCAUAAUAUUUUGGAAAUGAAAGGAAUGCAAUAUGAUAGUGAUUGUGAUGACGAGGAUUCUGAUGCGGAGAAAUUUGUUUACACCGAACCGCAGGAUGUGGAGGAAGAUUCAAGUGAUUCUGGUGAAGUUAUAAGAGAUCAUUUGAAAAAUUUCAUCUGUUCACAAUUAACAUGAAAAAUGCUUAUAAGGUUAUUUAUUAUUUUAGUUGUUAACCGUACUAAGUCUUAAUUUAUAUUUUUUUGAUAAUAAAAAAACAUACUGACUACAUA